AGCAUUCCGUUAGGAGCAGUUAGGAGGUGCCGAAGACACCUCAAGGAUAACCCCAAUACACCGUCGAUGUAACGCGCGCGAAUGCGUAGAUAAGAUAGAUAAUUAGGAUGAUUAUGGAUACGACGCGGUAGCCGCGUCGCAAGUAGUUUUUUUUAGUUGCGUUACGAAGGUUAAACCAUGACUGGCAGCUGAUAUCGUCGUUAUCGUCUCAACAAGCCCAGUGGCACAUUGUCAUGUUCGUCGACGAGCACUGACUACUGGACAGUCGAGUCUGAUAGAAGCGUUCGACGAAGGGUCGGUCGAAGGCGGUACGUCUUUCCGCAUUUUACACGUCCGUACAUAAAAUUCGGAGUACGAUGUCGUGGGUGAGAGAACGCACUUUGAACUGGUUUCAACUCCUGGCUUUGAAGAUCAUUAAAACCGGCCAGUUACCCAGGCAUGUGGCGUUUAUCAUGGACGGUAACAGACGUUAUGCGAACAAACGUAAUAUAGUGAAAAAAGAGGGGCACUCGCAGGGGUUUGAAAAAAUGACCGAGACGUUGAAUUGGUGCAUGGAUCUUGGCAUUUUAGAGGUCACGGUUUAUGCUUUCAGCAUAGAGAACUUUAAGCGCAGCAAAGAGGAAGUCGAUGAGCUCAUGGACCUUGCCAGGCAGAAGUUCAAGCGUCUCCUAGUAGAGAAGGAUAAGUUAAUGGAAUUUGGAGUGUGCAUUCGCGUGAUUGGCAAUUUGUCCUUGCUUCCAGAAGAUUUAUGCAAAUUGAUCGCUGAAGCUAUGGUCCUCACGAAGGACAAUAACAAAGCAUUUUUAAAUCUUGCUUUUUGUUAUACGUCAAGGGAUGAAAUUACUCAUACAAUUAAAGAUAUAGUAAAGGGUGUAAAGCAUACUGAUAUUUUACCAGAAGAUAUUAAUGAACACCUGAUUGCCGACUGUUUGUACACUUACAAGUCUCCAAAUCCAGAUUUAUUAAUUCGUACUUCCGGAGAGACUCGAUUGAGCGAUUACCUCUUGUGGCAAAUUGCUGACUCCUGCGUCUACUUUACCGAUGUAUUGUGGCCUGAAUUCAGUAUAUGGCAUUUUCUCGGUGCAGUUUUUUAUUAUCAGAGAUGUUAUCCUGACUUACAAAAAUUUAGGAAGAAUUCGAAACCAAUCGUGCAUAAUAGUAGAGUAUCCAUGUACGUCGAUAAGUUGCAUCAUGAACGCGACGUUAUGAUUAAAAAUAUAUAUCUAUCGACAGUUCAGUCCUAGAAACAAAUAAACGCUAUUCCAGUAAAUCUAAUCAGUAAAAUAUGCUGAAAAUCUAUCGCAUGUAUUUAGCUUCAAAUUAACUUUCCAUUACGGUAUAGUUUACGGUAUACUUUUUCCUCAGGCAAUUUUAUUCUAUUUCGUGAAUAUAUGUCUACCAAAUUAUUACAGCGAUUAAAUUGUAUUAUGUCUCGUGCAUCAACAAAAUUAAAUUGAUAAUAAAUUUAUAUAUAUAUUUAUACAUAUAAAAGUGGUGUGUGUAUAUAUAAAUUUAUAUAUAAGAACUAGUCAAGCGAUUAAACAAAGACAGAAGAUGAAACAAAUCAUAUAUGAAAACUAAUGUUAAAAUUUAUACAAAUAUUUGUUCUAUGGACACAUUUAUAAUACCAUAAACUCAGGGAGAUAGCUACAGGUACUUCCAGCUACAUAAGAUGUUUUAGAAAACAAGAAAUAAUAAAAGGAAUAAUUAAAUCUUUAAAAUAUGUAAACUGAGCAAGACCUAAUAUUGAAAUGCUUGAACAAUGAAAAAAAUUACUGAAGUUUUUACUUGUACAGAAUCUUUUUCAUUUUUCUCUCAUAUAAACAUGACAUGUAAAAUAGAUUCAUUCUUAUGAAGAAAUGAGAUCAUUAGGAAAGCUUAUAAAAUACGUAUAAGAUAUGUAUAAUUAAGUAAUUUAUCAAUCAAUCUUGCCGAUAAAAAUUUAAUAAUGAAUUGUAACAAUUUCAGCAAGUAUCGGUAUUCUAUUACAAUGAGAUAUUUGUUUUCUGAAACGUCCUAAUCAUAAUUGUAUGUAGAUCAGUAGAUGAUAAAAUUCGCUUCCAUAAAGUGUUAUGUUAUAGAGCAUUUAUGUAUUUAUUUAUCUCUGUAUGUACAUUCCAUACAUCGGUUUUCCGAUUGCCAUGUGCAUUGGAGAAUUGUAAAACAAAUAUAAUAGCGAUAACAAAUUAUAUGUAUAUCAAAUAAAUAAUGUUAGUCAUAAUAUUAA